GGGGACGAAACCUUUAGUGGAGAGUCAUGGCUGCGGAUGUACGGCUACCUCCCGCAGGCUAGCAGGCAGAUGUCCACUAUGCGCUCAGCUCAAAUCCUGUCCAAUGCCAUCAGUGACAUGCAGCGCUUCUACGGGCUGGAGAUCACCGGAGAGAUGGACCCCGGCACUAUUGAGGCCAUGAAGAGACCCCGCUGUGGGGUCCCAGACAAGUUUGGGGCUCAAAUCAAGACCAAUGUUCGACGGAAACGUUACGCCCUCACUGGCCACAAGUGGGACAAAACUCACAUAACCUUCAGUAUCCAAAACUACACUCCUAAAAUUGGGGAAUACAACUCAUAUGAGGCCAUCCGAAGGGCUUUCAGAGUGUGGGAGAAAGUGACGCCACUCACAUUUGAUGAGAUCCCUUUUCACGAGGUGAAAUAUGGCCGUCGGAAGGAGCCCGAUAUCAUGAUCUUCUUUGCAUCUGGUUUUCACGGGGACAGCUCACCAUUUGAUGGAGAAGGUGGUUUUCUGGCUCAUGCUUACUUCCCUGGUCCGGGGAUGGGGGGAGAUACUCACUUUGACUCGGAUGAACCGUGGACCAUUGGGUCACAAAACCUACAAGGUAAUGAUCUGUUCCUGGUAGCCGUUCAUGAGCUGGGCCAUGCCCUUGGACUGGAACACUCCAAUAAUCCUUUGGCAAUCAUGGCGCCUUUCUACCAGUGGAUGGACACGGAAAACUUCGAGCUGCCUGAGGAUGAUCUCCGUGGAGUCCAGCAGAUUUACGGACCCCCAAGCAGCUCUCCGACCCAGGCGCUGCCCACUGUGACCCCGCGACGUCCGGCUCAUCCAGACCCUAGAGCUCCUAAUCCUCCUAAAAGUCCUCCAGGAGCACCUCCUCGCCGCCCAGACAAGCCUCGCACCACCGACCGCCCGGAUCACUAUGGCCCCAACAUCUGUGAGGGCAAUUUCGACACCGUCACCAUGCUCAGGGGAGAGAUGUUUGUUUUUAAGGGUCGCUGGUUCUGGAGAGUGCGGAGGAACAGAGUGCUGGAUAAUUACCCCAUGCCUAUCGGACACUUCUGGAGGGGUCUGCCGGGAGACAUCGACGCCGCAUAUGAGAGGCAUGAUGGGAGAUUUGUGUUUUUCAAAGGAAGUCAGUACUGGUUGUUCAGGGAAGCCAACCUGGAGUCCGGUUACCCUCAAGAGCUGAUGGACUAUGGCAGAGACAUCCCGUACGAUAAAAUAGAUACAGCCAUCUGGUGGGAGCCUUCUGGCUUCACUUACUUCUUCAAAGGAGACUGGUACUGGCGCUUUAAUGAGCAGGACAGAGCCGCAGAUCAGGACUACCCUAAACCAAUCAGUGUGUGGGGCACUUCUGUGCCGUCGUCUCCCAAAGGGGCUUUUCUCAGCGAUGAUGGAGCCUAUACAUACUUCUAAGGUGCGAAGUACUGGAAAUUUGACAACCACAGAAACAGUGAGCCAGGCUACCCAAAAUCUAUUCUUAGAGACUUCAUGGGCUGUAACGUGGACCUCGAUCCUGACAGAGACACUGAUGUGGACCCGGGACGCAAGUGGCCUGACCGGCCACCCUUCAAUCCAGACGCUGGCCGAGACAAAGACAAGGACAAGGACAAAAACAAGGACAAAGAGAGAGACAACACCAAUGACGCUGACUCUAGAAGAGACGGAGGAGAAAACCAAUGAGGUGGAUGUGUUCUGAAGAUAGAUGAGACGGAGCGCACUAUGAACAUCAUCAUGGUGACGGUACCCCUGGUCCUGGUGCUGUAUCUGGGAUUGAUCUACGCCAUCAUUACGCUACAGAGGAAAGGAGCACCCAAGUAUUUAGUUUACUGCAGACGAUCAUUGCAGGACUGGGUUUAAACCUCUCGGAAUGACCUGCGUCCUGGUUAUGCCUUUUUAAUUCAAUCAUCUAAAAAACUUUGCACACAAAAAAUACAUACACACGCAUACAGAUACUGAUACACACUCACAUAUUCAUGUUCAUCCUUCUUUCCUUUCCCAUGGUGCUCUCCUAACAUCUUGACUAGUCUAUUUAUAUUAGAAAGUUUGCACAUUGAUUUUGUUUUUAUUUUCCUUUUUAAUAUAUUUUUGGAAUUUUUCAA